AUGGAGUCGACAAGAACAACGAUAGAUCACGGUGCAGCCCUAGCCGAGAUACGGCGACAGAUGCAGGUAGAGAUGCAGCGACAAUUAGAAGAAAUAAGGCGCAAAAGCGAGGAAGAAAUCAAUGCCUUGAGGGCAGAGAACCAAAGAAUUAGGAGACAGACAAAGCGCACGGUGAGAAGAAGAGAGAUGCCACAGGAAGAGGAGGAACAGGAAAAGACGUCACACCAGGAGGAGUCUAGAGCUCAAACCAACCCUAACCAAAUUGAUCCGGAGGAGCAUAUAGACAUUUUCACCACUCAGGUGGGACUGUACACAACAGAAGAUGCGAUCCUCUGUCACUUUUUCCCAACAUCGUUAAAGGGUACGACGCUCCGUUGGUUUACCCGACUUCCUCCCAACUCCGUCGACUGUUUUGAUACGCUGACGACACGAUUUAGUAUUCAGUUUGCCACUAGCAAACCUCACCACCACCUUACCUCUUUAGCACUGGUGAAUGUGUGUCAGGAGAAAGAAGAGUCAUUACGUAAUUUCAUAGAGCGAUUCGAGAAACUGUCCUUGAACAUCAGCAAUUUGAAUCUAGAGGUGGCCAUGCAUCAUCUAAUUACAGCCCUUCGACCAGACCCAUUUGUGGACAGCUUGUGUAAGAAACACGUGGCUAAUUUGGACAAGCUCCGAACGAGAGCUACAAAAUUUAUGCAAAUGGAAGAGUUGAAGGAAUUUCGCAACACCACUCACGGGGAGACCCACGACAGGAAACACCCUAAGAAAGACAGGGCAACAACCUCCAGAUCGGGCUCUAGGGCACGGAUUCUAGAGGAGGCCCUUAAUGCCGACCUUAUAUCCCCUCCAAGGAAGGUUCCAACUCCCCCUCAUGCGGAUACCACGAAGCACUGUCGCUACCACCGGAAUUAUGGUCAUACUACGGAAGAGUGUUUCACGUUGAAGGAUAAGAUCGAGGAUCUGAUACAAGCUGGACACCUCAAAAGGUUUGUAAAACGUGAAGAUGGGGGAUUUUCAUCCCGAAAGGAGGACCGAGAAGGAGGAAAUGAGAGGAAGGAGUACAGGGCACCAGCAUACGAAAGAGAUGAGCAACGUGAUGCACAAGAAAAGCCACUGCGGGGAGUUAUCAAUUACAUUGCAGGGGGUUUCGCUGGCAGAGGCUCAACUGCGUCUGCCAGGAAGAAAUAUGUACGAGCAAUUCAAAGCGUGAAUGCAGUUUUGAUAUAUCCGCGUAGGCGUAUGCCGCCUAUCACCUUUCGGGACGACGAUUUUCAUGUUCUUGACCCCCAACAUGAUGAUCCGAUGGUAAUAUCGGUGGAAAUCGAAGACUUUGCCGUCAGGAAAACCCUCGUGGAUCAGGGGAGCUAG